UACUUUUGCAAAUUCAGCAGAAUUAGAACUUGAGUCUGAGAACCAAAAACUAGCAUUCAAGAAUCAGUACCAAUCAAGUAUUUAGAAAGAAGUUUUUUUAAUAAUAGCUCAUUGCAUGUCCAAUUCUAAAUUUUUGUCAAAAACUGUGAGGUUUAUUGCAUAAGAUGGCACCUAAGAAACGUUCUAGAGCUGCAACUCGCUGCAAGCCAGUGUUGACAAACAUCACAAACAAACUCACAGUGGAUGAUGAGAAGGAGAGGCUAAGAAGAGCAUUAAUUAUUGAUGACUUCAAACGCAAUGUUAUGUUGAGAGUUGAGACCCUCAAAGAAGAGCAGACACAAUUGGAAGUUUCUCUAAUGAAAAGUUAUGAGAUAUUCCGACAACGAUUACUUCCCUGGCAAAACGUGACUGUAAAGCAGCUGCUUGAGUCAGAAAAGAGUGACACUGUAGAUGGUCGACCAGCACCAACACCACAGGCCUCAAAGCGAGGUGCUGUAAUGCAGCCCCAACAGGAAGGCUUGACCUCAACUGCUGGCCUCAGGGGUGAUGGUGUUGGUACAUCAGCUGCAGACAGCAAUCCUCAAAAUAUAGAUCUUUCAAAGAAUUCCAAUAUAUCUGAAAGCCAGCAACAUGAAAUGGCAACUUUUGCAAUACCUGAAGCAGUUCUUCCUAAAGCUGCUCGAAUGUCUGAUAUCUCAGCAUUGAUAGCAGAAACAGGCACUAAAUUUGCCACUGCAAAGUCACGCAAGAAAAAAGCUAAUCCUCCCAUUGCUGCUGCUGCUGCUGCUACUCCCUUACCUGCAUCUGCUACAAGAUCAAGUUCUAGGUUACGGCGAGGACCUACCGACGGUCCUGGCGCUUCCCUCGGGCCCCCUAGCAUGACGCGAGCCCUACGCGCUAAAAAGGCUUGUGACACAGCGAUGUUCGUGACGCCGGCGGGGCAGCGCGUGUGCGCCAACAAGCUCGGCGCCCAGCUCCUGGUCACGCCCAAGUUUGACCCUCGCUUCCCUCUGCCCCCCAACACGACGUUGCGCCGCCCUCUGCCUCAAGAGGUCCCCAUGUCCGUCACCGGCAGCCCGCUCAGCCUCUCACCUUCGAAGCCUAAGCUGAAGGAAAUCACUGCUGAAUUUCUAUCAAUGUUGGAACGUGAGGUUCCAAAUAUCGACCGUACCGAGAUGAAGAAUUUCAAGUCCGUCCUGCAGCGGCACAUCGAGUCCAAGCCAUGAGAACCACAUUACCACACGCAUCCCGUUGAAUAAUAGUCGCUUAUGAACGAAGGAGUUAAAUGGUUAAAUAUUUCUUGACUGUCGAAUUUGGAUCGAAAAUGGUCUUCGUUUAUUGAAGAGUAAAGUUGUUCAAAGAUGAACGGAAAAAUCUACAGUUUUGUAGAGUGUGCGUGAUCAGUUGAGCACGGUUUUUCAUUACCGGGUUUGAAACGUAGCAUGCUACUUAAUUUUUCUAAUUAGCUUCGAGUUAGGACCUGGAGAGAUGUAGAAGAUUAAUUAGGAAUACAAUCGUCUGGUGAUGUUCUUACAUGUUCUCCUAGCACUUAUGCUUACUGACAUUAUUGAAGAUCGACUUUCUGCCAGGCAUAUUCCGGUUGUGCCGUCAACCCUCCCUUUUAUUCAGAUGGCAAAAUUACUUCGUGAAAUGUGUUGAAGUAAGCUUGCUAUUGAAAUAAUUUCAAUUCAGUGCCUGCAUGCCGCAUUGAACUAAAUGAACAUUUUUACUUGAAAUGGAACCGUCGACUGUUUAGAUGUAAGUGAUUAAUUUUCGUAUUUUAUUUCUUAGUGAUGCUGGUAAAUAUAUUAGCCGUAUU